AUGGAUUGGAAGGCCAGUUUUGUCAGUAUACGUUACUGGAUCCGGAAAUUGUUGCUUCAGCAUAAGAAGGGGGGGGGGGGGGGGGGGGGGGGGGGGGGAAAAAAAAAAAAAUCUUGGGGGGGGGGGGUGGGGAUUCUUUUUUCUUCUUUUUUGGGGAACAAAAAAGGGGGGGGGGGGGGCCCGGGGGGGGGGGGGGGGGGGGGGGGGGGGGGGGAAAAAAAAAAAAAGACCCGGUUUUUUUUUUUUUUUUUUCCCCCAAAGGACUUUUUUUUAAAAAAAAGGGGGGGGGGGGGGUUAUUUUUGUUUUUCCCCCAAUUAAAAAAGGAAAAAACCCAGGGGGCGAAAUUUUUUUUUUUUUUUUUUUUCUUGUUUUUAAAAAAAAAAAAAACCCCCUUGGGGGGGGGGGGGGGGGGGGGGGGGGAAAGGGGGGGGGGGGUUGGGCAAAAACCAAAAAAUAAAAAACCCCCCCCCCAAAUUUACGGUUGGGGGGGGGCUUUUUUUGGGGGGGGGGGGGGGGGGGGGAAAAAAAAAAAAAAUAUAAAAAAAAAAAAAAAAAAAAAAAGAACGGGGGAAAAGGGGAGGGGGUCACCCUUUUUUUCAAAAAAAAACGGGGUGGGGGGGGGGGGGAUGAAUAAAUCAAAAAAAUUGGGGGGGGGGGGGGGGGGGGAAAGGAAAAAAGGGGGGGGGGGGGGGGGUGGAAAAAAGGGCCCCCCCCCUCCCCUUGCCCCAAAAGGGGGGGGGGGGUGGGGUGUUUUUUUUUUUUUGUUCCCCCCCCCAAAAGGGUUUUUUUUUUUCCCAACAAAGGGGUGUUUUUGUUUUUUUUUUAAAAAAAAAAAAAAAAAAAAAAAAAAAAAAAACCUAUUUUUUUUUUUGUUUUUGGGGGGGGAUUUUUUUUGUUUUUUUUUUUUAUUUUUUUUUUUUUUUUUUUUAAUUUUGGGGGGGGGGGGGGGGGGGGGGGGGGGGGGGGGGGCGGGGGGGGGGGGGGGGGGGGGUUCUUUUUGGGGGGGGGGGGGGGGGGGGGGUCUGCGAGUAUCUUAUGGCCUGGAGAUUUUCCUUACUGUGGCGAAUGCCGCUGCGUUAACUCAUGUGCACUAG